AAUGGCAAUGCGGCAAUGGAACACGUGCAUGUUUUGUGUCAGCUGCGACAGCUUUUUGUUUGCAUUUUGUUGAGUUAUCUUCAUGGAUGUAUAGUAAUCUUUGAAAGAAUUAAGCAUUUUUAAUAUGGAAAAAAUACGCGUUUUGGAACUAUUUUGUGGCAUUGGAGGGCUGCAUUGGGGACUGAAAGAGAUAGGAGUUGAGUUUGAAAUUGUUGCGGCAUUGGAGAUAAAUCCUACCGUUCUAGAAACAUACGCCGUCAAUUUUCCAGACGUGCGAAUAGUCAGGCGUAACAUUGAAAGUUUGACAGCAGAAGAAAUCAACGAGAUGAACAUUGACGCUCUUGUAAUGAGCCCUCCUUGUCAGCCUUUUUGCAGAGCAGGGAAUAAGCAAGGGUUGCUGGACAAACGGUCUUCUCCGCUAAUUAACUUACUCCAAAUACUUCCUCGAAUAAGGUUUAAAUAUAUUUUUGUGGAAAACGUCAAGGGAUUUGAGACGUCCGAUGCUCAUGGCGAAUUUGUCGACAUGUUAACAAAGAUUGGAUUCCGCUAUCAAGAAUUCCUCUUGAGCCCUGUGACAUUAGGAAUUCCGAAUUCUAGACUGAGAUAUUAUUUAAUUGGAAAACAUUCUGAUUUACAAUGGUCAUUUGAUCUGUCAGAUCAAGUGUUGGACAAACUUCCUGAAACAAGUGGAAACAAUCCAAUUCAAUUGGUCAAGGAUCGGCAUAGGCAACGAUGGUUGAAUUAUCGUGAGAAACGUAUAGGACGCCAUGCAACAGAGGGAAAACUUCAUGGUUCUUCAUCGGAAAAAUUCCCAUCUAAAUAUCUGGAAUCAGCCACAAGCAAAUCAGAAGAAUUAUGGUACCUAAAUGAUAUUUUGGAGCCUAAUGAAUUUAUUUUUCCGGAACACAAACUUUCACUAGAAAAAUUACGAAAAUAUUGGAGUGCGUUAGACAUUGUAACUCCAUUCUCAACCACCUCGUGUUGCUUUACCAAAGCCUAUUUUUACUACUUAACGGGGAGCGGCUCAAUUUUAGAUAUUAAUGGAAACGAUAAAAUUGAAAGUGAUGAAGUUAGGCAAUCUGAGGGAAAAUUUAGGUAUUUCACUCCACGAGAAGUAAGUAGAUUGAUGUGCUACCCGGAAGAAUUUAAAUUUCCAUCAAAUCAUUCCUUAAAACAAAAGUACAAAGCUUUAGGCAAUAGUGUAAAUGUGAGCGUAGUUGCUUUAAUGUUUGCAUUGCUAUUUAGCUAAUAUAUUGAUUGGCAUGUGUAUUUAUGCAACUUCUCUGAAUGCACCAUGAUCAUGUAUUAUAUUGUUAUCAAGAUUUGUGUAUUGUCUUCCAUUCAAUGUCUUUUCACGUGGAAAUAAACGUGGACCAAUACAUAUUUCAAUA